UGUUCUGCCUCAUGUUUGUGGCUCAAAGGUUGUAAACGAAAAGCUUUUCCAUGAGGAGGGGCGACCUCGAAGAAAUUUCUAUGUUACACAUGAUAAUCAUAGUAUUACAUUGGAAUUAAUCCAUUCAGUAUUAAGAUGUCAUUUGAAGAAUUCAUCAAGGGAGCCAGUGAUGUCUGUAAUCGACCUUUCAUUAGGUUCUACAUGGCGUGUGAUGCUGAUGCAGAGGAUGAUGUUGAGAAAGACGGGCCUGCACAAAAAAAAUAUACUAGAAUACAAAAAAUUUCUAGGAAAGUGAGGAACAAAACAUUCAAAUCAAAGUCUACUUCUUAUUUUGAUGUAUUUCUGAAUAACCUGCCGAAACAAUUUGAAGAUAUUUGUCACGCCUUGAGAAAUGUUAAACGUGUGAUUCAAGAGUCACAGACUAUUGACUUCAUUCAAUUGUAUCGCCAUUCAAGAAACAUUUAUGAUUUCCUUUUCAUGGAAUUUGGAUCGGAGUAUCGUGUUAAAGCAACCAGAAAAUUUUAUAAAGUCUUAGAUGAUUCUACUAAAAUAUCGCCGUUGUAUACAAAUAUUAGCAGUGGUAGUCAAGGUGAGGGUUUGAAUGUUCCUGACGGGGACUAUGACUUAAUGACAAUUUUGGAGCAGAUAAAAGUAAAACACAAUAGUUCUACUAAUGAGGAAGAGAGUCCAAUCCUAAUAUUUGAUAAUCAGCAUUCAUAUCCAGGUUUCGCACACCUAAAAAUAGGACAAAACAGAUUUUCAAAGGAACUUUUUGCUUCGUGGGGAGAAAAUACAUUUUAUGGAUCUCUUAUUUCAAACAAUAGAUUUAAGAACUAUUUUGUAUCGCGAUAUCGAGAUAAUGACUGUAUGCUUCAUGGUCCAUGUAUUUCCGACUCAAAGGGUGCGGUUGAUCAUUUAUUUUGCUUCCGUGCUAUGUUAUGGCCAGAUGUUGCAGAGUCUUGGUUGAUAAGGAAAAGAUCAUCAACGUGGCCACCAACUGAUGUUAUGUUGAACUCUGUCAGCCAAGGAAUCUUGCUCGUACCGAUUGGCAGCAAAUUCGGCUCAACUGAGGAUUGUUCUUUCGAAUGGCGAAUAUCAUUCUCAUUACAAGAAAGAGAUCUAAUUCAUUCAUUUAACUAUGUACAGGUAUUAUGCUACACAAUAUUUAAAUACUUGAAAAAAGAUCUUAUGAGUGAGUCACGAUUGUGCUCUUACUUUAUCAAGACGGCUAUAUUUUGGUUAAGUGAAGAGUUAGGUAACAAUAUCUGGAGACCGGAAAAUUUCUUACAGUGCAUUCAUGAAAUACAGCGUCGUCUAACGUGUUGGUUUAUGUACGGGUAUUGUCCUCAUUACUUUAUAGUUGAAAACAAUCUAUUCGAGGGACUGCUUCCGGUAGAAAGAAAACUCAUAGAAGUUGCAUUGCAUAACCUAUUUCCAUUGCUAUUGCAAAGCAUGUUAUACCAAAAACCUAAGUUACACUUUACAGAUCUUAAUGAUUUUAAAGUAUUAAACACACCGUUUAUUGAGGGAAGUAAAUCUAUUUUCAUAUUACUUAAAGUGGUUCGAGCAAGUUUGUCUUGGUGUACUUUGAAACAAAGUAGAAGUAUAGUGCACAAAACUUUAUUCAGACUUUUACAUAAUAAACCUUCAUAUUUCACUAAAGAUUUAUAUAUGCUAUUCUUUUGCUAUGCAAACCAAAUUUUGCCACAAAAUCAACGCAUUUCAUUUCAUAAAGCAAACAAAAGGAUGUACUCGAGUUACAAGCAAUGUAUGGCUCAUUUUCUUAUUGGAACCAAAGUCGACGCCAUGAAUGGCUGGUUAUUGCUAGCUUCAUAUUUUUAUAGAAUGGACAAGCCUCUAUACACCCUCAAGAUUACAGAAAUUAUUCUUGCGAAACCUAGAGGAGAUAAAAUGUUAAUUGCCGAUGGUUAUCACGAAGACGUUAUGAUGACAUAUUUAGAACAAGUGGCUGCCACCAAGUGGAAUCAAAAAUUGUCAUUUCUGACAUGCAUGAAAAGUCAUUGUGUUGACAUGCUUUAUAUUAUACCAUGGUCAACACUGAAUCUUGAAGAACUAUUACCCGAUAUUUAUUUUACAGUUUGCACUAUUCCGCCAGUUAUAUAUGCACAUCUUCUACGCUUUGUGUGUUAUAAUGCUGAUGGCAACAUCUCUCUACGGGAGAGAGAAAUAAGUGAGAUAAUUAAAACGUGCCGCAAUAAUUGUUUUCUUGGAGAUUGGAAGGGGAGAGCUACUGCAUACGCAAUACUAGCAAAUAUUUAUAAAUCAAUAAACAAUGAUCAAUCUGCGGAUUAUUGGAAAUCGCACUUCUUCAAAAUCUAUUGGGAACAACCUAAAUUCUAGAACGCUAACAUUAGCACACACUCGCCAAUUUUACCUUGUGUUCCUUUCGCGGAUAGAAAAGUGAUUUGUUUUAAGAUUCCUACUUGACGUUUGAGACGGAAUUUCGUGUCUGUCUUUAUAUUUCUCAAAAUAAAGAUAAAAAAUAUAAGUCAAAUUGGUCGUCCGAAAAAAGAUAAGUUACAAAUAAUAUAAUUAAAUGAAAAGUAUAAUACGA